GCCAGACAUAGUCAGUCGUGAACGGCACAGGGGCCUAUCAACAUCGCUCCUAUUGGACCCACAGUUUCUCCCAGCAUUGGAAUUACUGGCACGCGUGAUUUUGACUUUCAGUUAGAUAACAAGAGAUAUCAUGUGAUGGAAUAUAAAUCUUGAUUGGCGAAUAUAAGAAUAACUAAAUUUAUUUUUGUUAUCUCCUUCCUCUCUUCUUCGUUAAUUUUGAAUCAGGUGCAGAACUGAUGAUUCACGUCGCAUUGUCCGACGCAGAAGAAACAACUUGAUUGAAUGAAAUACGUUGUCAUCCAAGUGAUAUUGUGGAGUUUUAGCUGAAUCAUUCCUGUGUAGAGACCAUGGCGAAUAAAUAUACUCUCGGAGUGGUUUAUUGGGCUUUUUUCGUUUGGUUUUCCUACGCCACAGCAACCACAAGUGAAGACAAAACUUUAUCGGAAAUGCAAAGAAAUUCUUCGAUCCGACAACAAAUUUUAUUUGACGAGAAGAUCUGGUGCUGCAAAAGUGGGACUACAUAUCUGACAGGAUUGGAUCAGUGCGUGCCAAAUUUUGUCUCCACUUUGUACACCGAGUCGUUUCCAAAUUAUUCGUUUGAGAAUGCAACCGACGGUUUGACUGAUUGCCCAGAAGGAUACGUGAGUCACAGCACGGAAGAUUUCCAGCUGGACAACGAAACGUUAUUAGUUAGUGACAAACGGUUGGAGUCCAAUGAAUUUUGCAUCAACAGAAUCGAAGAAGAAAAUUAUUCAACAUCCCCUGGCAAAUUUGUGGCUCGUUAUUGUGUUCCUGAUCCUUGCAGUGAGUCGGGAUGCAUCCGGAAGUGUUGCCCUCCCGAAAUGGCCAUGGUCACGAAAUAUUAUCACGAUCUGCUGAACAUUUCAAUAUGUGAGCCACAUCCUGUACCGUUUAAUUUGUCACUUUUGCGUAACCCGAAAAAUGAACCAAUCGACGCCAAUUCUUUUGUUACCCGAGGCGGACUCGGAAUAAAAUGCGGAAAUCUUCCACGAGAAUCAAUAUCAAGUUUUUCGAUACGGCAAGAUGGCCAGAUUGUACUUCAUUUAGAAAAUCAAACCGACGAGAAAACCGACCAGUAUUGCAUUGAAAAUCUGGUUGACGGGGAAGACAUUAACGUAAUGGCAAUGGUGUGUUUUCCUGAGCAAGGAGAAGAUUCCAAAGGCGCGUUUCUAUUCGGAUGUUUGAAUCUUUUUGCCACCAUAUUUUUAGUCGCCACCUUAUUGGUUUAUUCAAUUCUGCCAAAAAUGCGCAACCUCCACGGCGUUAUCGUCAUGUGUUACUUGGCCUCCAUGACGGUCACGAACGUUUUUCAUGCCAUUCUGAUGCUCGUGAGAGGUAGCGAUAUGCCGCCCGGUCUUUGUCCAACAUUAGCAAUUUUAUUGCAUUUUGGCUACAUCGCCACUUUUUCUUGGUUGAACGUUUUGUGCUUUGGAGUUUGGAGGAUGUUUAGUUCCAUUAGACUGCCGACUCGCAUAUCCGUCUUGAGCAAACAGUUUUUUUAUUCCUCCCUUUACGGAUGGGGUAUUCCAUUCAUUGUCGUGGUUGUCGGACAAAUUCUCCAGCACAGCGAUGUGCCAGACGACAUAAUUAAACCAGGACUGGCUUCAAAAUUGUACUGUUGGUUCAAUCAUAAACAUAGAGGACCAUUAAUUUCCUAUUUGUACGCACCGAUGAUGGUCAUGAUUGUUGCCAACGUUUUCAUGUUCGCUUGGGCUGCGUUCAAUUUUUACCAGAGAAGUGCCGAAUCGUCGCAAGUGACCAACGUUUUGCAUAAUGGCCAAAGAUUUAGGGUGAUCCUGAGUCUCUUCUUGUUGAUGGGUGUUCCUUGGACAACCGAAAUUAUUACUUUCAUGGCGGAUGCCAGUUUUGAAAGUGCCCUUGUCACCGACAUAUUCAACAUCAUUUUGCCAAUUUUCAUUUUCAUCAUCUUCGUCUGUAAGCCGAGCGUUUGGAAAAUGCUGAAACAAAAAUUCCCGCGGUUGAGUCCCUUCAUCUCGAACUGUGGAAAAUUUAGUUCCCGUAUAAUCCCCAAGAAAAUUAAUCGUCAUCAACCUUCUAGUGCCGAAGAAAGCAAUUCAGAUAACACAAAUGACAUCAGUUAUAAUAACAAAACCUCCCAGCAAACUCUAUCUACUGAUUCUACAGCAGACAUGAAAGAAGUUUUCCAAUUACCAAUAACACGGUCAUUGUCUUCUGUUUUCUGAGUUAGUAUAAAAAGGUGACGGAUAGACUCGAAUGCUGAUCCAACAACUUGAAGGAUUUUGCUUAUUCGGAAAAUGUUCACAUUGCUCAACCACUCAUAUCACCUGCCGUCCACCUGCAAGUGUAUAGAUCUCUGUCUUAUCUGGAAAUUGAAUUGGGGUGUUGUUGAUGUUCAUUUCUUGACUCUGUAAAUAGGCGAGCGUAAGUAAUAGGUCCUACUCUCGUAAUAAUAAUUAUAUUCACUUUUAUAAAAUUUAGCCCCAUCAAAAGAUUUUUUCAGCUAACAACUUUUAACGGUGAUGGGGAAUGAACAAUCUGUUUUGUAUGUUCCUUUAUCCAAGUAACAAUAUACAAAUGUCGAGGAAGUAAAAUUAA